GAGCUGUCAGGAGAGCUAACGUUGAGCGCGCUGGCUGUGGCUGAAUCCACUGGGCUGUGCGGGCGGCUGCCCAGGCAAAGAUCCCCUACGAUCCUUGGUCUGUUUUUAAAUCGUUGCGGGGAAUAAAUCUCUCUCAAUACCGACUGGCUUGCUCCCGGAAAGGGGACAGAUAUUCAAGACCCCUUUAUCUUCUUUCCAGUGGACACCGAACCCAGCAUCUGUGGAGUCCUCAGUGGGCAGUUUUGCCGGGUAUUUUCCACAUUGAAAAAUGGCUAAUGGACAGGACCGGGUAGUUGCUCUAGUGGACAUGGACUGUUUUUUCGUUCAAGUGGAGCAGCGGCAAAAUCCUCAUUUGAGGAAUAAACCUUGUGCAGUCGUGCAGUACAAAUCAUGGAAAGGUGGAGGAAUAAUUGCAGUGAGUUAUGAAGCUCGUGCAUUUGGGGUCACUAGAAGCAUGUGGGCAGAUGAUGCUAAGAAGUUAUGCCCAGAUCUUCUACUGGCACAAGUUCUUGAGUCCCGUGGGAAAGCUAACCUCACCAAGUACCGGGAAGCUAGUGUGGAAGUGAUGGAGAUACUGUCUCGUUUUGCUGUGAUUGAACGUGCCAGCAUUGAUGAGGCUUACGUAGACCUGACCAGUGCUGUACAAGAGAGACUACAAAAGCUACAAGGCCAACCUAUCUCAGCAGACUUGUUGCCAACCACCUACAUUGAAGGGUUGCCUCAAGGCCCUACAACAGCAGAAGAGACUGUUCAGAAAGAGAUGCGAAAACGAGGCUUAUUGCAAUGGCUUGAUUCUCUUCAGAUUGAAAACACCAACUCUCCAGACCUACAGCUCACCGUGGGAGCAGUGAUUGUGGAAGAAAUGAGAGCAGCCAUAGAGAGGCAGACUGGUUUUCAGUGUUCAGCUGGAAUUUCACACAAUAAGGUCCUGGCAAAACUGGCCUGUGGACUAAACAAGCCCAACCGCCAGACCCUGGUCUCACAUGGGUCAGUCCCACAACUCUUCAGCCACAUACCUAUUAGCAAAAUCCGUAAUCUCGGAGGAAAGCUAGGGGCCUCUGUCAUUGAAAUCCUGGGGGUAGAAUACAUGGGUGAACUGACCCAGUUCACCGAAUCCCAACUCCAGAGUCAUUUUGGGGAGAAGAAUGGGUCUUGGCUAUAUGCCAUGUGCCGUGGGAUUGAACAUGAUCCGGUUAAACCCAGGCAACUACCCAAAACCAUUGGCUGCAGCAAGAACUUCCCAGGAAAAACGGCUCUGGCAACUCGGGAACAGGUACAAUGGUGGCUUUUGCAAUUAGCCCAGGAACUAGAGGAGAGACUAACCAAGGACCGAAAUGAUAAUGACAGGGUAGCCACUCAGUUGGUUGUAAGCAUUCGUGUACAAGGAGAUAAACGUCUCAGCACCCUGCGCCGCUGCUGUGCCCUUACCCGUUAUGAUGCUCACAAGAUGAGCCAUGAUGCAUUUGCUGUCAUCAGGAACUGUAAUACUUCAGGAGUCCAAACUGAAUGGUCCCCGCCCCUCACAAUGCUUUUCCUCUGUGCUACCAAGUUCUCUGCCUCUGCCCCUUCAUCUUGCACAGACAUCACUGUCUUCUUGAGGAACGACCCAAGUUCUCUGUCAAAAGUGCCAAUUACCAGUCCAGAAGCUAAGACCCAGGAAAGUGGCCCAUCAGUGACAGCCACUAAGAAAGCAACCACUUCUCUGGAAUCAUUCUUCCAAAAAGCUGCAGAAAAGCAGAAAGUCAAAGAAGCUUCACUUUCAUCUCUUGCUGCCACUACUCAGGCCCCCAAGAGCAAUUCACCACUGAAGCCCUUGUUACCUUUCCAAACCAGUCAUACUACAGGAAUUGAGCCCUUCUUUAAGCAGAAAAGUCUACAUCUGAAGCAGAAAGAGCUUAAUAAUCUUUCAGUUUUCAUUUCUCCACAAAAUCCACAGUCUAGCCCUCAAGAGUUACCAAACCGUUUUCCAACAGAAUAUCCAGAUUCCGCCUGUGUCUGUGAAGAGGUUUCAAAGCUAGAAUCCUCUAAAGCAACUUCUGAAGAGAGAGAUUUGGCCCAGAACAGCCCGAGCAGGCUUGCUUCUUUAAUUUCCAAGCCUGCUCUGGAGGUGGCUCAGAAGACAACUACUACACGGAGUCUUCCAGCUAAUGAGGACCAAGUGCCCUGUGAAAAGUGUGGAUCUCUGGUAGCUGUAUGGGAGAUGCCGGAACACGCGGACUAUCAUUUUGCGUUGGAGUUGCAGAAAUCCUUUUUGCAGUCCCAGUCCUCAAACCCCCGGGUUGUUCCUGCUAGUUCUCCUCAAAGCAAAAGAAAUCCCAAGAGCCCUCUGGCAUCUAGUAAUAAACGCCCUAGGCCUGAGGGCAUGCAGACAUUGGAAUCAUUUUUUAAGCCAUUAACACAUUAGUGCUGCCCUCGGGCUUGCUGCAGGGUUUUAAUAUUUUAUCUGUAACCUGGGAAAUGGAAAUAUGUUCAUUUCUCAAGGAAAUUCAUAACUUCAUGAAAUUUUUAAUAAGAAAAAUUCAGUUAGAUGCUAAGGCUCCCAUCUGCUCACAAGCAUGAAUUCUAAUCUCAUUGCUGAUAGAAAUGUAAAAAUUCAUCUUCCAGAGAUACAACUGCUUUGAGUUUUUAAUUAAGUGUUUAGGGAGACAGUGUCAUAGAGUUAAAAAGGUGUAGGCCUCAGAGCCUAAGAAAUCUAGUUCCAAACCUGGCUCUGCCUCUUGGAGUAUAUGACCUUGAGCAAGUUACUUUCCUUACUUUUCCUCAUCUUUUAGAUAAUGAGCAAAAUUGAGAUCGUGCCUUACAGAUUAUUGAAGAACAAUGUAUUUAAAGUACUGUUGUGCACAGAAAAAAAUUCCCCCUAGCUCUGUGACAGGGGAAGCUAGAUAAUGCCUUAACCAAAAUGACAGGUUUGAGAAUGUGAAGACUUGAAACCCUAAAGUGAUAACUAGUACAGGGCAGAGCUCUGUAUACAGAAACUAUUCAAUAAAUACUGAAUUUCAUACAAGCAAACCCUAUGAUAGCCACAGUUUUAGCCAGUGGCCCUUCUACCCCUCGCUUCUUGUUCUAAUGUAGAAUGAGAUUAUUAAUAGACCAACUCUAUUUGGAUAAGUCAUGGUCAGAACUAUACCAUCUCUAGAACUUUGCUACGCUGAGUGUGAAUUUGAGGAGCCAACAGCACCAGCAUCAUCAGAGAACUUGUUAGAAAAUCAUCUCGGCCUCAACUGAAUCAGAAUCUGUAUAUUAACGAGAUUCCUCAGGGUGUAUCCUAAAGUUUGAAAAAUACUGAUCUAGAAGAUACCAACAGCUGGCCAGGUUUGUAGAGGGCAUUUCCUUAAACCUUAAAGCACAAAUUUAAGGGAAAAGUACUUGGGCUUUCAGAGUCAUUGGUGUGUUCAUCUCUUCCCAUUGGAGUAUGACUAUCUAGCUUACGGUUUUAAAUUCAUUAUUUUAGCUUUUUACACUUAUCCAUGUUUGUAGUACUGUAUUAAUCUGUUCUUAUGUGUGUAAGGUCAGCUUUUCUGGCAUUUCUGAUAUAGGAAACCUUGAACAAAACUGAAGAUGAACUGAGUUAGGUGGUGGUGGGUUGGUAAAGUAGGGAGAAUGGUGUAUAUAUCCCCCCUUUCAUACAUAGACACAAACCAACGGCUUUUUAAGCUUAUUUAUAAAUUGAGGGUCUGUAUUUAGUUGGAAGAGGGAGAAAAUGUUCGAAGACCACUAGGUCUAGCAGGAAAUUUCUUCCUCCAAAAAUAUUUUCCAUUUUUGUGGCAGUUAAAUGUGUUCA